AAAUCGUUACAAUAUAUGUAGAUAUUUAAAACGCGCACAUUUUGGAUUUUUCGAAUUGAUAUUAAAUGCUUGGCAAUCAUGUUUGGAGUGAGUAUCAAACAUGUUCGCAGCAAGUGCUAACAAACAUGACUUUGCCGUAGGUACUGGCAGCACUGGUUCGAUACAGCGGCAGCGAAUGUAGACAGCAGCGGCUUUCUUUCGAGCCGGCGACGUACGAACAAUUCAUUCGAGCUAGCGAUGCUUUCUGAGCGGUUGUGGUGAAAAAUAUUGUGGUCUAAGAAGUUCAAUACAGUGGGUUUCCAACAAACUUGUGUCAAAAAUUAAUUGCUAUUGCAAAAUAAUUAAAGCAGUAAAGGAAUAAAUAAAAAAGCAACUUUAAUUGAAAGUGUAGCUAAAAGUAUAUAAAAAUUACAUUUUAUGAAUUGAACACUGCGAGUGUGUGCAAUAUAUGUACAUAUAUAUUUACAAAGAAAAAGUAAAGGAUUUCGCCGGGGCUCUAAAAAGCCAACUCCAAAAUUGCACCAAACAUAGCGAAGACAAAAGAAACAACGAAAUACAUACACGUUCAAAUAUCGCAAAAAAAAGUACAAGCUGAAAAGUAUUCUUACGUCAGCUCAAAAGCAACAAAACUCCUUCCAAAGUUGUAUUAGUAAAAAGUCGUCACCAUUGCUCCCCAACCAGUAAGCAGUACAAUGAUGAAUGGUCAAAGCUAUGAGCUGAACCAUACGAACGGUGAUAUUAUAUCACAGAAUCAGCAGAAGGGCUGGUGGACCAUAGGCCUGAUUAAUGGCGCACACAGGUAUAUGACGGCCGAGACUUUCGGUUUCAAAUUGAAUGCGAAUGGCGCCAGUUUGAAGAAGAAACAAUUGUGGACGUUGGAGCCAUCGAAUCACGCUGAAAGUAUUAUAUAUUUACGAUCUCAUCUCAACAAAUAUCUAUCGGUCGACACGUUCGGCAAUGUGCUGUGCGAGACUGAAGAGCGCGAUGUUAGCAGUCGCUUCCAGAUUAGUAUCAGCGAAGAUGGCACCGGCCGUUGGGCGUUGAAGAAUGAAUCGCGCGGUUAUUUCCUUGGCGGUACACCAGACAAACUCGUUUGCACUGCUAAAACGCCCGGCUCCAGCGAGUUCUGGACAGUGCAUUUGGCUGCCAGGCCACAAGUUAAUUUACGUUCAAUUGGACGCAAACGUUUCGCACAUCUGUCCGAAUCACAAGACGAGAUUCAUGUCGAUGCGAAUAUACCAUGGGGUGAGGAUACGCUGUUCACGCUGGAAUUUCGCGCUGAGGAGGGCGGGCGUUAUGCUUUGCAUACUUGCAACAACAAGUAUUUGAAUGCUAACGGCAAACUGCAGACGAUUUGCAAUGAGGAUUGCCUCUUCAGCGCCGAAUAUCAUGGCGGACACUUGGCGCUGCGUGACAAGCAAAGCCAGUAUCUAUCGCCGAUCGGCUCGAAAGCUGUGCUAAAAUCACGUUCCUCCACGGUGACACGUGAUGAGCUCUUCUCGUUAGAGGACUCCUUACCGCAAGCCUCAUUCAUCGCGGAGUUGAAUUCGCGUUAUGUGUCGGUGAAGCAGGGCGUCGAUGUUACCGCCAAUCAGGAUGAGGUGGGGGAGAAUGAAACAUUCCAAUUGGAAUUCGACUGGUCUGCUCAUCGUUGGGCGUUGCGCACCACACAGGACCGUUACUGGUGUCUUUCCGCUGGCGGUGGCAUUCAGGCCACAGGCAGUCGUCGCUGUGCCGAUGCGCUCUUCGAAUUGGUCUGGCAUGGCGAUGGCUCACUGUCGUUCCGCGCCAACAAUGGCAAAUUCCUGGCUACAAAGCGCUCCGGACACUUAUUCGCCACCUCGGAGAGCAUCGAGGAAAUAACUAAAUUCUAUUUCUACUUGAUAAAUAGACCCAUACUUGUACUUAAAUGUGAGCAGGGCUUUGUUGGCUAUCGCACACCCGGCAACCUCAAGUUGGAAUGCAAUAAGGCCACUUACGAAACGAUUUUGGUCGAACGCGCCCAAAAGGGUUUGGUACAUCUGAAGGCACACAGCGGCAAGUAUUGGCGCAUUGACGGCGAAGGGAUUUCCGUUGACGCCGACGCGCCCGCCGAUGGUUUCUAUUUGGAAUUGCGCGAGCCGACCAGAAUUUGUAUAAGAUCGCAAACUGGCAAAUAUUUGGGCGCUACGAAAAAUGGCGCUUUUAAGCUGCUCGACGACGGUACUGACUCGGCCACACAGUGGGAGUUUUAAGCGUUGUAUGCGCAUGCGUGUGUGCGGCAAGGCAUGAGCUUAGUGAAUGAGCUGCUGGGUGAUUGAUUAAUUGAUAAAUAAUAAUCCUGUUAGUAUGUAGAGUUGCUAAUGCAUACACACAUACAUACAUAUGUGCAUAUAUAUAUAUAUAUAUA